AUGGCGGCCUUAGAGACGUGCAGCACUGUGGAAGCUCUCCAGCCUGAGUCUCCAAAACCUGAAUCCUGUGUCAGCCAGAACAGGAAGGAGGAAGAUGAUGAGGAUGAGGAAGAUGAAGGGACUUCAGGAUCUUCAGAGCUUCAGAAACAGGAGCCGUUGGAUCCGGAAUGGGUUGAGGAGAGAUUCCGUAUCGACCGGAAGAAACUGGAGCUCAUGCUGUAUGGUCCUGCAGAAGGUUCUGGACUAACCGGAGAAGAGUUCUUUGAGAAAGUGAUGAGAGAAACAGACACGCAGGUGAAAUGGCCGUCCAAGCUGAAGAUAGGCGCAAAGUCAAAGAAAGACCCUCAUGUUAAAGUGGAGGGUAAGAGAGCAAAUGUUCUCGAGGCCAAACGGAAGAUUUUGGAGCUUCUGGAGACAAAGGUGAAUAAAGUGACACUGAAGAUGGACGUCACUCACACUGAACACUCUCACGUGAUUGGUAAAGGGGGCGGGAACAUUAAGAAGGUCAUGGAAGACACUUCCUGUCACAUUCACUUCCCAGACUCAAACCGGAACAUUGCAGCAGGAGAAAAAAGCAACCAGGUGUCUAUCGCCGGGCCAGUGCAAGGGGUGGAGUCUGCUCGGAGACAGAUCCGGGACCUGCAGCCCCUAGUGCUGACCUUUGACCUCCCGGUGACCCUUGUGGGAGGUGUGGUGGCAGAUACGGGGUCGCCGGUGAUCCAGCACGUCGCUCAGGCAUUUGGAGUGACUGUGAGCUUCAGAACUCAACCCAAACUCUACUGCAGCACCUGUACUGUGAGAGGAGUUCAGAGAAACAGCACUGCCGUGAAGAAGGCGACCUGUGUCCUGAUGGAGCUGCUCCUGGGCUCGGAGGCGGCAGCGGUUGCCGGUGUAACGGGUGUCGUGGUGUGCACACAGUUGGACGUGACCUCUCAGCAGCACUUGUUUCUUCUGGGUCAGAACGGAGUGAACUUCCUCACAGUGAUGCAUCAAACACACACACAGAUAAUCCUGCCCGACCUCAGCGCGCCACAACACACACCGUCACUUCUCAUACAGGGCACGGCCGACGGAGUGUGUCUCGCUCGACAGCAGCUCAUGGACUGUUUGCCCGUCUGUCUGAUGUUUGAUUUGAAGGAGGAGGGCGAGACGGACCCUCGCAAACUCGCUCAGAUGAUGCAGAGUCUGGCCGUUUUCAUCAGCAUCAAACCAAAGGCCAAACAGACAACAAAGUCAGUGGUGGUGAAAGGUUUGGAGAGGAACAUCAGCAAUCUGUAUGAGGCCAGACGUCUGCUGCUCGGACUGGACUCCAGUGAGGUAUCCAUGAUGACCAAGCCGUCUGUGGACCCUCUGGUGUCCUAUAAUGGAAUGACAGACUACUGGCUGAAUGUACUAAUGCAGCAACUACGCCUCACUGAGACAGACACUUUGCCUUCUCCAGAUACUGUGAUUGGCUCUCUCUCUGGGAAACCACGCCCCUAUCCCCCACCUGGAUUGGCUGUUUCCUCAGAGGAUGGAUGGAUCGGACUGAAAGGGGCGGAGUCUAAAUUAGAGAAGAUUCCAGAGAAUGAAGAUCAUCAGACGCAAGCCAAAACAGAGGACUGUGUCUUGCCGCAUCUGGAGAUGACAGAGGAUCGAGAGGUCGUUGUCAGGCCAACUGCCUCCUCUAGGAGAGGCAGCCAAUCAGAGGCCCCCAGAGAGCCAAACCAGGAAAUAACACACUAUGUGUAUGUUUGUUUCAGGUCAGUGCGAGUGGAGGUGGAUGGUGUUUAUUUGAACAGAGACAGACGUUGUAGUCUGAGAAUAUUCCCCUUUGUGGACAGCAGCAAUGAGGAUCAUGAAUAUGAGAGAAAGAAACUUCUGGCAACUCGAGCCAUGCAGCAGAAGCCGGUGGUGACAGAGGUUCGGACCCCCACAGAUACCUGGAGUGGUUUGGGUUUCUCUAAAUCGAUGCCCACUGAAGCUGUGAAAGAGCUGAGAGCUGUGAGCCGACGCUGCUAUAGACCCUACAACAGCCAGCAGCAGGUACACACAAACACACACAUAGAAUAACAGUAUCAGCAGUCGUGGAGUUCUCCGAGUGCAAAGGAACGCGGUUGGAACGGCAGCGACUCUGAGAACUGGAGAGAAAGACGAGGAUCUUUUCCUUCAUCGAUAACGGCCUCCUCUUCCUCAUCCUCCUCCUUUCCUGCUUACAAUCCAGCUGCAUUGCGAACAAGUAUGUGUGUCUACUACUCUGAGGGCGUGUCAUCAGCGUCAAGACAUUUGAUUGGCAGGUCACAAAGUCCCACCCACACAGAUGAUCUUGUGGAGUUACUGGCACAGUUGGGUCUGGAGAAAUACAGCGAUAUAUUCCAGGAACAGGAGAUUGACUAUCAGACCUUUUUGACACUCUCAGACGAGGAUUUGAAGGAAGUGGGCGUGAGCACCUUUGGAGCACGCCGGAAGAUGAUUCUCGCCAUCUCAGAUUUGAGUAAAAAGAGGAAAUUUCCAGAUGCGCCCACUGUGAAGUCGGGAUACCUGGAGGGCGGGGCCAGUGGCCGUCUGCCACGGAUCAUGGACGAGGACGUGGCUGCCAAAAGUAACCGCUGGUGACUGCAAAGACUACGAUUCCUACAAUGCACCUGGGGCCAGUUUGUGCUUCCUGUCAUGUGGCCCUCAGGGACCAAUCAAAGUAUGAAUCUUGAUAGAUGAUUACCAUAUAAUACAGAGAGGACAGAUGUGCUACGAGUCUCGGAGGAGACGUUCAGACGUUUGACCUUCACGAUGAACUGAUUGACCGUCCUGGACCAAAACUUAUUAUGCAGCUCUCUCUCUCUCUGUGUCUCUCUGCCUCUCUCUAUCUCUCACUGCUCUUGUGUCUAUGCAAAACUUUAUGUUCUGUGUUUUAUACACUAUUCAAAUAUAAGAAUACUAUCAGGCAAUGAAUAAACUGUUACAUUUGCCUCUUUUAUUAA